AUGGUGCCUGCACUCACACGCGAGUGCAGCGUGUGCAAGGAGCGCAAGAGCUGCCGGUGGUUCAUUCCCCAGGAGGGCAAUGGAUGUCCUCCCAUCUGCAAAACCUGCAAUGCAGAAGAUGCAAAAAGAAAAUCAGAGCCCCCGCCCCCUCUGAUGUGUCCUAUCGUCCAGAGGGGUGGCAAAACGAUUGGAAGGAAAUGCAGCGGGGCUUAUGAACCGGGGGGGCAGCAACAGGGGAGCACGGUGCUGCCUGCCCUGCCCUCGUCAGUUGAGCAGGGGAACGAGCAGAAGAGGGGAGAAGGAGCGGCAGAAGUUCUGAGGAGAGGGGUGCUUGCUCCAACCGUCGUGCAAGAGUGGGACUUGCGAGGUGCUGAGGAUGUGGAGGGUACGCGGCGGAGCAAGCGGCGCCUUGCACAGGGAGGCAGCAGGGAUGCGCUGAUGACAUCAGUUGGAGAGCCCUCCAGUGCGAAGCAUGCGAAAAGGAAGGCAGCGGUAGAAGCAGAGAUGGAAGAGGAGCCGCCAGAGAAGAAGCGCUCGCUUCGGGAGAUUGACAAGCGCUCCGCAAAACAGGGAUCUGAUCCUACUCCAGACAGUGCCCUCGCAGCAGGAUACUCGGUGGAAGAAUGCGGUGGGGACAUUGAGGAGGCCGGUGAAGCUGGGGGGCAGCAGUGUGUUGGGUGCGGGGUGACGGAGUCGAGGAGGUGGUAUGGGGGCGGAAACACGUGCAGCAAGUGUUACAACCGCGAGUACGAGAGGAACAGGAGGGCGCGGAGCGGGGGCAACUCAGCUGAGGGGAGCGUGCCACACAACGGGGGGCCAAAAGUCGCUGCACUGGAGCCUUCCCCAAAUCAGGGUUUGCAGAAGGAGACAAAAAGCAGUGAACCCACCGGAGAGUUGAAGCGGAAUCGAGGAAGGCCGCCAUUGGGUGCACCCAAGUCCUCGGGCAAGAAGACGGUGGCGGCAGAAGUGUGUGAAGCUGGACGGUGCGCUGACUGCGGAACACGGAAGACACCCCAAUGGCAUGCGGGGGCAGGGGAGCCGGAAACGCAGUGCCAAAAGUGCCACGAUCAGGGACUUGGGGGGGUGUGUCACCGGUGCGGGGCAAAGAGCAGCUGCAAUUGGUGCAAGGGGCCAGAAGAGCCGAAGCCCACCUGCAGCUCCUGCUAUGUGAAGCUCUCCGAAGCAAAAACGGAUGGGGGUCCAGCAGGAGCAGCCAGGGGUGAAAGUCCGUUGUCAGAGACGAAGGCUGCACCGGAAGCGGUUUCUGGGGAGGGGAUCCCCUUGACGGGCGCGCUCGUGAGCCGGCGCGUUGAAUUCUGGUGCCCUGUGGACAACAGAUUCAAUGCGGGCCGGAUUGUGCGCUUCACCAACUACAACAAAUGGCACCAGAUUCAGACAUGA